AUAAUUAGCCUGGUACAUAUCAACAGGGACAAUCGGAUUAUGAGUAUUUGAGGUGGAUUAAGUCACGCGCUUUCCGCACUUCCGCGUGUAACCGCCGUCAUGUGCAUAGACCGGCGGCGGAGAGCGUCUCUCGCGCUCACCUUGAACUUCUUGGCUUUGUUCCUGGCAGUGUCGGCUCUCGGAACCAGCCACUGGUGCGCCGGCACCCGGAAAGUGGUGAAGCCGUUCUGUACCGGCCCGGUGACGACCAAGCAGUCGUUCUGCAUCAGGUUCAACAGCUCCAACCUGAACGACACGAGGCUGGUGCAGUACAUCUGGGAGACCGGGGAUGACAAGUACGUGAUGAGGAAGUUCCACACCGGGAUCUGGUUCUCAUGCGAGCACAACAUCAACAUGACCGGUGAAAAUUGCAGAAGUUUCAUCUAUGUUACACCUGCAAAUGAAAGAGGAGUGCUGUGGCUGUGCAUCGUCGCCGAGUGCCUGUACAUCCUCCUCUUAGCCACCGGGGGCAUCCUCAUGUCGAUAGAAGUGUGCCAGUUUGGCAACGUUAUUGACGGCCUCAAGCUCAAUGCCUUCGCGGCCAUAUUCACGGUACUCUCAGGGCUGCUGGGGAUGGUGGCCCACAUGAUGUUCACUACUGCUUUCCAGCUGACUGUCAGUCUGGGCCCAGAAGACUGGAAACCUCAGACAUGGGACUACAGCUGGUCAUACAUAUUAGCAUGGAGUUCUUUCACGGCGUGCAUGGCGUCCUCCGUCACCACCAUCAACCGCUACACCAAAACCAUCCUGGAGUUCAAGCACAAGCGAAGGAACAUUGAGAAGAACCUAAAGAUCAAGCAGAACCUCUUGGAGUUGGACGCGCCGGAGCAGAUGUGGGACAUGUAUAUCAGCUCUGUGCCAAGUACUGCAGAGGAGCUGCUGGACCUCUCGUCCAACGACCACAAACUCUCCAACACCUCCAUCUUCUUGGACCUCAACGACCUGCCCGACCCACAAGGAGAGGAGUACUGCUAGAGGAGCUCUGAAAACAUCACCUUUUCAAUUUGUUUUUUAUUUUUUAUUAUUUACCAAUAUUCUUGGCCAAACAGAACAUGCAUGUGUAGCUGUACAUGGAAACCUUCAAAGUGGAACGCUUUAAAAGUUGCGCAAUAGUCGUGGGACUUCAGUUCAGUGAGCAUUUUCAAGGAUAAUUAAUUAUAAUUAAUUACAAUCCGUUUCUUGGGUUUUUUUAUGUCACUAUAGAAAGGUAACUUUGAUGGCAAAGUAUGAUGAAAACCAUAGAAUUGAAAAUACACAAGAGGAAAGGGUUUAGCUGUCCAAUUCUACACAAGAAUUGGACACUGCAAUGUGAAGCUUUACCACAUUUAAAAUACUGUAAUUUACUGUAACAUCACAACAAAUGACUGAAAUUAGGAUACCUUUUUUUUUCUCCGCAACUAACUGUUAUUUCACAUUGUAACUGUCACUGUAACCAAACUCCUCUGUAAUAUCACAACAAAUUACUGUAAAUUCAAACUGAUUUGUUUACUAAUGGGUUCUGAAGACUAAGUUGCACAAUCUUGUAGAGUAAGUGGCGGUAUGCCAUACUUGCCAACCCUCCCGGAUUUUCCGGGAGACUCCCGAAAUUCAGCGCCUCUCCCGAAAACCUCCGGGGACAAAUUUUCUCCCGAAAAUCUCCCGAAAUUCAGGCGGAGCUGGAGGCCACGCCCCCUCCAGCUCCAUGCGGACCUGAGUGACGUGUCGACAGCCUGUUUUCACGUCCGCUUUCCCACAAUAUAAACAGCGUGCCUGCCCAAUCACGUUAUAACUGUAGAAUGAUCGAAGGCGAGUUCUUGGUUUCUUAUGUGGGUUUAUUGUUAGGCAGUUUCAUUAACGUCCACCUAGCGCGGUAACAACACACAACAACAGCAGUCACGUUUUCGUCUACCGUAAAGCAGUUCGUCUGCCGUAAACAGCAAUGUUGUGACACUCUUAAACAGGACAAUACUGCCAUCUACUGUACAUGCAUAUGUGACAAUAACAUCUACGGCUUUUAGAGAGUGCACACAACAAGGAGACGAAGCAGAAGAACGAGGAAGAUACAGCCAUGGCGACGCCGACGACGAGUAAGAUGAAGAAAUACGCUUGUAAGUUCCAAGCCGCAGCUGUGAUUGGACCUGGAUAGCCUCCGGGAAGAAGUAGUGGACUACCAAGUGCUUGGCAGUGAAGAUCUUCCUCAGGAAGCAAAGAUUGACCGGUUUUGGGCCAUGCUAGGGAGAGAUUGAAGAUUCCAGACUCUUGUGUAUUUGAUGAAAGCACUUUAAUGCGUGCCACACAGCAAUGCAUCAUCAGAGAGGGUGUUCAGCAUGGUUAGAAAAAUAGUGACAGAGAAUAGAACAAGGAUGGACAAUUCAACCCUUAACUCAACAAUGAGUAGAUGAG